AUGCAGCACGCCGACGAGGCCCAGGACAGCCUGCCCGAGCUGCAGUCGCCCACCACUCCCGUCGACUGCUGCUUCGACGACGACGACACCAUGGCCGUGUCCGACGACGACGACGACACCACGCACGACCAGGACCGCGUCCACCCGCCGCCGCCGCGUAUCGCCGCCCGCUUCUACCGCCCGCCCAACCCCCGCCGCAAGUCGUCCGCCCAGUCGUCGCGCCGCAACUCCAUCUCGUCGACCCACUCGCACCAGAGCGGCCUGUCCGCCGCCUACCGCUCGCAGGUGUGCCAGAGCACCCAUGUCGCCCAGCACCUGCGCCGCGCCUCCAUACUCGAGAGCCGCAAGGCCCGCCUCGCCGACCGCGCCGCCCACGCCGAGCAGGUCCGCCUGCGCGCCGCCCUGGCCAAGUCGUCGCCCCGCGCCUCCAACAGCGAGGAGAAGGCCCUGGCCGCCCAGCACGCCCGCGAGAAGCACCUGGCCCAGGUCGCCGCCGCCUGCGCCGAGGAGGUGCGCCGCGCCAAGAAGGUGGCCGAGGACAUGAAGGAGCGCAAGGCCCAAGAGGAGGCGCGGUACCGCGCCGAGAUGCAGGAGAAGCUGGCCGAGGCCGAGCGUCGCCGCCAGGAGUACAAGCGCAACCAGCAGCGCCGCCCGCGCACCGCGAGCGUGCCCUCGUCCGAGCCCAAAAAGCCCUCGCCCGACGCCAUCGAGGCGCCGCUGGACGACGAAACCGCCGUCCGCCGCAUCCAGAGAGCUUGGCGCACGAGGCGCAGGCGCCGCAUGGUGGAGUCGUUCUUGGAGCUUGGACUGUCGAUCGACAAGGUGCACGAUACGAGCUUUGAGGACAUCAGCGCCCAGAUUGCGGAAGAAAGGGUUAUUUCGGCCACCGCAAACCUGCUCAACCUGUUUGGCUUGCAGGGCUCGGCGGAGGACUUGAUUGGCACCGACCCCUCUGCCAUCCGCACAUUCUUGAGCGCCUACUUGAUACUGGGGCACCCCGCCGCCGUCCUCAGCAGCAAGGAUGGCGACCUGGAGCAGGACUUGAUCAAGAAGGCGACUGAUCUGAUCAUCUCCUUCGAAUCGACCUUGUCCAAGCUCUGUUCCUCGAAUCGAUACACGCCUCCACCGACGCAAUUGGAGACGGUCGUUCUCGCUCACAGUGCUUUCGUCACGGCCUUCUCCAAUUGGAAGGCGCAAGAUUCCCACACGCUCGUUGAGAUGAUGGUCGCUUCUUUCGUGAAUCUGGACGCCAUCUGGCAGAGCGUCAAGGAUGACACGCGCGGCGAGGUUGCCAACGACUACCGCCAAGGCAUCCGUGACAAUCAGGUGAUUUUGCUCAGCAAGAUCCGCAAGCUGGCAGGGCCCGAGAGGGCAAAUCAGCUGAUCAAGAAGGCGAUCAACGAAAGUAGACGAGCGAAGGCUAAGGAGCGGCGCCGUCGUCCAGUCGGAGACGUGCGGCCCAGAGCUGCCGAGAGCGACUCCGCAUCCGAAACGUCCGAGAAUAGCAGCGAUGCGUCAGCUUCCGCGUCUGCUGACAGAACCUCGAGGGGGCGUGAUUUGUUACAAGAGGACGCAAGCAUCGCUUCGCAACGCGACAUUGAUAUUGAGGGGGCGCAAGCCGAUGCGCUGGCGAAGCUCUUCUCGCCGAUGCCGUCGAACCGAGUCCUGGUGCACGAGCUUGCCAUUGACAAGGGAUUCAGAAUCGACGAGGCUCAGCCCUCAGAAGUCAGAGAUGCCCUGAAUCGCGAGAUUUGCGAGAGCAUGAAGCGCGGCUUUGAGCGCGGCGAGGGCGCACCCUGGACGACUGCCAUGGCAGACAACAUCAGAGGCAAGCUUCUGAGAUUGUUGAAGCCGGGUAACUCCAUGUACAAGCUCAUCUCCGAGUCGUUGGAUCCCGAUUUCAUCCACCAGCAGGCCACUCAGGGCGUGUUCUCCUACGAUAGGUUCUUCUCGUUCAUGGCAUCCAUCCUGCCCAAGCUUUGCGCGCCUUUCAGAGACGUGCAGGUCAAGGCCCUCGCUGAGGAGUUGGACGAGUCUGGGGAUCUCGACCAGAUGGUUGGCAAGCUGUUCAAGCUUCUCCACGUCAUCGAUUUGCUCGCCCUUGAUUACCAAAACUACUUGCUCCACACCUUGGCGCCGACCCUCAUCAAGGAGGCCCCGGGCUACGAGCAGCGCGCGUUCGCUCAGGACCUAGAGAACAGCGUCAUCACACUGCAGAAGACCAAGCGUUGGUUUAGCAGCGCCAGCGUCAACUGCCUCACGGAAGCCGAUCGCCGCGAUCCCAUCUACGGGCCUCCCACCGCCCAGAAGAUAUACGCCCGCGGUCUCGUCGACCUGGCCAUCGCGCCUCCCCCGCUCCAGGACUCGGAAGUGCCCGAGACGCUGGCCCUCGACCAGGCACGCCUCGCCCGCAUACGGCAAGACGCCGUCAAGGUCACCACCGUCGGCGCCAUCCUCCUGACCGCCAAGAACCUGCUCCGCCGCGACGUCCGCUCGCAGUGGAAGCCCGAGGCGCAGCGGCUGUGGGCCCUCUUGAAGGAGGGCUAUGUCAGGGAAGACGGCUCCAUGCCGGCCAAGAUCCUCUGCGUGCUCGAGUCGUCGCACGCCAUGCCGCCCAACACGCGCGCCCAGCUGUCCAACACCAUCACCCGCCUCCUUUCGCAGGCGGCCGCCGGCCGUCUCGCCGACCCCGUCAUGAAGGUGCUGUUCCAGCGCCUGAAGACGCACAUCUUGACCCGCAUCAGCGCCAGCACGAGCGGCGAGCGGGUGCGCGCGGCCACGGGGGCGAGCGAGGGGCUGGCCACGAGCGGCUUGCCGGAGUUUGUGGGACAGGUGGGCGAUGUCGUGGAGCAGCUGACCAAGAUCAGCGAGGUCGAUCGGAAGGCGCAUGGGGUCUGGUAUGAGCAGAUUGCCGCGGAAGUCGAGAGGAUGGGCAGCGAGGAAGAACCGGUGAUGGCUACGCCGAAUUAG